CUCUCGUCACCAACACAACAUCAACUCAACAAAAAAUAAAAAAAAAACAAAAUAUGCUUUUGCCAGAGGGAAAACGCUUGAAAGAAACCUCUCGCUCUAAGCGCGGACGCCCCUCUGACGCUGCCUUGACACUGCCUCACCAAAGCUUAUCGCGGCAAUGAAUAGCCGUUUCGACGAACAAGCCCAGCUGAUCCAGUCUACCAUCCGUGAGGUCGAGGAGAGGGUGCUUGAAAUGCUGCAGGAACGGCUCUUGGGUGUCACCACGGAGAUGACGCAGAUGGCCGAUCGCAUCUUGCAGCUGGAGCAUGAGGUUGAGGAGCUGCGCUCCCUAAAAUCCCAAAUUGGCACGGUGCAAGGCAAGCUUGAGAGUAACUUCGGCCCGAGAGUCCGCGACAGUUUUAGAGUCCGAAAAUCGCAAAAUUCACUGGUUGAGCCGCCAAUUCUAAUAAAAUUGCAAACUACGAGGGAAAAAGUUUCACUUCGCGCACUGGCUGAUUUCCGACGAACAACAAAACAGCAACUGAGCAUACACCUGUUGGGCUUUGACUCGCCGGUCGCUCUCUACGUUAAUGAGAAGCCAUGCGUUUGAAGAAGCAGAAAUCUCUUGCUGCUGUUUUUACGCGCCGUGGUAUUGUGCACGUGAAGUGCAGUGGGAGAGAGGACAUUUACAUUCCCGGCUUUACAUCCCGGCUGCUGAGUCUGCUCUCCCCCUCUCUGGAUCCAGCGCACUGGUUGCCGAAGUUACCCCUCGUGCUGCCAAAAACAGCUUUCGUUAAUAAC